UUUAUCUGGCAAAGUCGCCAGAAAAAGUGCAAGUGCCAUGGCGUCAGUGGUGCUUGUUCCCUGCGGACAUGUUGGCAGCGUGUCGGUGGAUUUCAAGUUGUUGGUGACUUGCUGAAGAAGGCUUAUUCCAACGCGCUCCAAGUCUUCUUCGAUGCUACCACGCGCCAGUUGCGUAGACUUGCUGAUCCCCUCUACUUUGGAGGAAUGCCACUGCCUGCCGGACAUCUCAUGAAACGUAGCACUAACUGGUUUGUUUCUGGUGGUGGUACCAGUGAUCCAUCAGGUUGGCAGCGGAGGCGACGUGAAACACAGUAUGGUGAGAAGUGGAUCAAGCGUCAAAAGGAUAAGUUGGUUUACCUGGAUUACUCGCCGGAUUACUGCAAAGCAGACCAGAAAAUUGGUACGCAAGCUGUGCUUUAA